GCGAACUAAAGUUUGUCAAAAUGGUAGAAAAAAUUGAUCUUUAUAUGUCUUGUCCCGUAAAAAGAAUUGGUUGUACAAAAGAAAACAACCCGAGCUAUUGGGAGCAUGCCAAUUGUGGCGGCCGUAUGUAUAUUGACACUGAUGCUGAC